AUGGCGACGAAGAAAGCGGCCCCCACCGACGACGAGCUCCUCGCUCAACUUGACGACCUCGGCAGCAAACCCACGACCCGACCAUCCAAACCAUCCACACGCACCCCCCGUCAAGGCGGCGGCGGCAGUGGCGCCCAAACAUCACAGACGGAACAGGACCUGCUGGCGGAGCUGGGCAGCCUCGCACACCACCGACCGGGCAGCCGGCCUGGCACGCCCUCGCUGAAGCCCAACGCCCCCUCGACGGCCGGCAGUCGCUCUCCUAACCGCGCCGCCACGGCCACCCCGCCCGCCGGCCGCUCGAGCGAGGAAAAGUCGAGCAACGGCCAGCGGAAAUCCGGCGACAGCAUGCGCUCGUUCCAUCAGAGCUUCACACCCGCGACCACGACGACAGAGGAGUCGGUCGAGACCGAGUCACAGCCCGUUACGCCGGCGCCUGCACCUGCACCUGCGCCAGCCGCGGGCGGCGGCUGGUGGGGAGGUCUACUCUCCACGGCGUCGGCGGCGGUGAGUCAAGCUCAGGCGGCGGUCAAGGAGAUUCAGAAGAACGAAGAGGCACAGCGAUGGGCGGAGCAGGUGCGAGGCAAUGUGGGAGCGCUGCGAGGUAUUGGUGGUGACCUCAGAUCCAUGGCCAUACCCACCUUCCAAAACAUUCUGCAGACCAUCGCCCCUCCCAUCUCAUCCCAUGAACGACUGCAAAUUCACAUCACACAUGACCUCACCAACUACCCCACCCUCGAUCCUCUCAUCUACCAAGUCUUCAGCCGUGUUAUGGCGCAGGUCGAGGGCGGUGACCUGAUGGUCGUCCAGAAAGGUCAAGAAGCCGGACCCAAGCGCGGCUCGUCCGAACUCUCGAGACCGUUGGGCUCGUGGCACGACGGACCGUGGUGGAGAAGCGGUGAGAGACGGAGCAUCAACGCAGUUAAAGGCGCCGUUGAAGGAAGCAAGCUGGUCCGAGCAUCGGCGGAAUCCUAUGCGAGUGAAUACUUCGCUCCCAAAGGAGGCCUCGAGGAAGCGGCCAAGCGCGCCGCGGAAACCCUCUCCGAGUCGAACCCUACCCGUGACAGUCAGAUCUUCCUGGCCGUCCAAGCGAUUUCACAACCAGUCUCCAAGGACCUGUUCGCCACGGCCCCGAGCUCCGAGAAGGAGCAAGGUCAAGUGCAGGAGGUUGCCGAGGACGAGAAAUCCGAAAUCAUCUUCGCCAUCUACUUGCACGACCCCGUCCACGGCAUUGCGUUCCAGGCCGUCUCCCAAGCUCUCCCCGGACAGUGGCUCGAGUGGCUCGACGCACCGAGCGGUGGUGAAGGCACUCUGCCCGAGAGCAUCGAGGAUAUCAUCGAGAGUGGAGGCAUCGAUCCCAGAGAAUGGGUCAGCGAGUGGGUGGAGGAGAGCUUGAGCUUGGCCGUCGGAGUCAUUGCCCAGAAAUAUGUCGCCAAGCGAAUGGGCGUCGGUGAGGGUGGUGGCCGGAAGGGAAAGCUGAAGGCCGACUUGAAUCAGCAGGCCAUUACCGAAAGUGGCGGUGGUGAAGCUGCUCGGGCCCUGGGGUGA